AUGGCAGCGGCAGGCGGGCGGCUGCUGGUGGCGGCCGCGGCUUAUUCAGGGCGGGCGGCUUGGGGCGGGCCGCUCCGCUCCCCAGCUGUGCCUUUUGUGCCCUCCCGGACUGCCACCGUCACCCGCAGCGGUGCCAUUUUGCCCAAGCCGGUUAAGACGCCCUUUGGCCUCCUCAGAGUGUUCAGCGUGGUGAUUCCCUUCCUGUAUGUCGGGACUCAGAUCAGCAAGAACUUCGCAGCCCUACUUGAAGAACAUGAUAUCUUUGUCCCAGAGGAUGACGACGACGAUGAUUAAAGGAACUGUAACAGAAGAACAGGAGGGAGAAAACCAUUGACAAAUGGUUCCAACAUCCUGUCACCUCUAUUCUGUCCUUCCUAAAUGGGACAGGGGGCUCUGUAUCCCCUUUGCCAGUGAGUGUCCUGCGCAUGUCUGCAUGGCAGAAAUCAGUAGAUCAGGGCUGAAGGAAGUGCUUGACAGGCCCUGCAUCCUUGCACACACACAUGCUCACCUCGUCAAAGACGGCUUAGGAUUCCUUUUAUUAGCCAGAUGGGAAACAAUUAAAGAUGAAGAGAUUGAGAUGGAUGAAUUUGGUCUUGUGUUUUCAUAGAUUAUGUGCCUGUGUCUGAGCACUUGUGGCUUAACCUUUCUCCUCCAUGUCUGUUCCAGUAAGGAGGCUUUCUUCAUAUUUAUUUCCUCUUAUGAGGCCUUUCUGUAAUUCAGGACUGAUCUACAGCACACAACAGGAAGGAGCAGCCCCACAACACAGCCUCAUUAAAAUAAUGGGGAGCAUAGUGACACUGCAGUUCAAUUAAUGCUGAUCUACAGCCUAGCAAGUGUUAUCUGCUGGAAACUCUUAUCAUUAAUUCCACCUCACUGAGGAUUAAAUACAAAGUAUUAUCAUCACAGAGUUAAAAGUUUUGAGUAGCUCUGGUAAAAGGUCAAGAUCAUGAGUGGCAAACUAACUUGUGGAUGUGUUUUAUAGCAUUUCAGCUCUGAACAGUGAGAAUCUUUGAAUGCUCUGGCUCCAAGUACCCAGUAUUUCCUAGGUAGUUCAGUACUUCCUUCUGCAUGAGCCCAAAUAUAUUUAUUCUUAACUGUAUAAACUUCAGAUCUUCAUAGAAGUGUUUACUACAGCAAUUAAA